UAGUUGGUGUCUAAUACGUUGAUUGGUCGCCAAUAUGAACUACGUCAUACUUUUUAACGGUUACGGCUUCGCUCUGCGCUUCGACGACUGGAAAGCAGGAACGGCGCCAAUCAUCAUCUAAUAUCAUCAAUCAGGCUUGGAAAGCAAAGGAAACAGUAUGAGGUCUUUGGUGCUUCUCUGUGUUUUGCUGAUGGCAAUAUGUGCGGCGGACAAAAAAUCCACGGUCUCGAAGGAAAAUGCAGCCGCAAUGAAGGUAGCGAUGAUAAAGUUUUUGGAUUCGAGGACGGAUAGAUUCAAAAAACGCAUUGAGAAGAUUGGAUAUCCAAUAACCCCUCCGCAAUAUACAACUCUACUAUACUACAACAGAGAGAGAUUGAUGGAUUGGUGCCAUAACUACGUUGAAGUAUCCAAAAAGAUUAUAUUGUUGGGAGGUAACAAAUUAAAUAAGAAGAACUUCGCUAGGAUGGGUCGAAUCAUUGGCUGGAAAAACCAGUGGAUUUUGAAAAGGAGGCAAUGGCACAUGGUCAGAGUGAUGAGGCGCUAUAAAGCUUCUGCAAUAGCUAAAAAGAUCGUCGCCAUGAAAGUUGCUGACCUACCCUGUAACUAGCUGUGAUGCGGUAACUCACCCCCCCCGAGUCCCUGACAGUUUCGCCAUUACACCGAGGAACCAGUAAUGAGAGACUUCACAACACCUAAUGUAUUUGUCAGAAAUUAAACAAAACUAUCUAAAAAAAUAA